AUGGGUGGAGAAAAAAAUUCUAGUCAGAUUUUGAUUGGUCAGUUUUCAAAUUACAGAAAUAGAAAAGCUCCAUAUGAUCAUCAAUUUAUUGAUGAAAUAUAUACAGUUCAAAGUUGGUGGAGUAUGACAUAUGAAGAAAAUGAUGAAAAAAAUUACAUUCAAGAUUUAGCUUUUAAAAUUUUUUCAAUAAGGCCGCAUAAUGCUGGUUGUGAACAAAUUUUUUCAGUAUUAGGAUGGAUGAUGAAUAAACGAAGAAUCAGAUUAGGAAUUGAUCGUAUACAAAAUAUGGCAAAAUUACAUGCCUAUUAUAUUACCAAUGCAAAAGCAGCAUUAAAAUAUGUAUACCAAGAUUUGCAAGAAGAAAAAUUUUAUGAGGAAAUUGAAAAAAAUUUAUCUGAGCAUCUUGCUGAUGAUGAUACUAUUGAAGUAGAAGAAGAAUUUGGAGAUGAGGAUUCAGAUGUAAGUGAAGUUGAAGAUGAAGAUGAUAUAAAUAAUAAUAAUAAUGGAAUUGAUGAAUACUUAAAUUUGGCAUCUGAAGAGUUACGUCAACUUCUUGAAGUAUAA